AUGCCUAAGCGCAAUCCACCGGCUAUAGGGAUCGACCUCGGGACCACCUACUCCUGCGUAGCUGUCUGUCAACAUGGCAGAGUGGAGAUCAUUGCCAAUGACCAGGGAAACCGGACGAUGCCCAGCUACGUGGCUUUCACCAACACGGAGCACCUGGUCGGGGACCCGGCGAAGAGCCAGGCCUCUCUCAAUCCCCAGAACACCGUCUUCGACGCCAAGCGGUUGAUCGGCAGGAAGUACGAAGAUGCCACCGUGCAAGAGGAUGUGAAGCACUGGCCUUUCGCUGUGGUGAGCCAUGAAGGGAAGCUCAAGGUCCAGGUUUCUCACAAGGGCAAGCAGCGGACAUUUUAUCCUGAAGAGAUCUCAGCCAUGGUGCUGGCCAAGAUGAAGCAGACAGCGGAGUCCUAUCUAGGCUGCUCCGUCUCCCAAGCUAUUGUCACAGUACCGGCCUACUUCAACGAUGCCCAGCGCCAGGCCACGAUAGAUGCCGGAGCCAUAGCCAGCCUCCAGAUCCUGAAAAUCCUCAACGAGCCAACGGCAGCUGCCAUUGCCUACGGCCUGAACACAAAGAGCCCAGAGGGCGGGAGCCGAAACAUCCUCAUUUUUGAUUUGGGCGGGGGCACUUUUGACGUCUCCAUUCUCUCCGCAGAGGACGGCAUCUUUGAAGUGAAGGCCACGGCAGGAGACACCCACUUGGGUGGGGAGGAUUUCGACAAGAGGUUGGUGGAUUAUCUCGCGGAGGAGUUCAAGAAGAAACACAAGGAGGACCUUCUUCAGGACAAGAAGGCCACACAGAGGCUGAAGAUGGCUUGCGAGCGUGCUAAAUGCACCUUGAGCGCUUGUUCCCGUGCCAGCAUCUCUAUUGACUCCCUCCACCGGGGGAUAGACUUUCACACCACCAUCACGAGAGCACGCUUUGAUGACCUGUGCUCCGACCUCUUCCGAGCCACUCUGAAGCCCUUGGAGAGAGCGCUGAAAGAUGCCAAGAUGAAGAAGAGUGAAAUCAAGGACAUCGUGCUGAUUGGUGGCUCCACUCGCAUUCCCAAGAUCCAAAAGCUCCUGAGGGAUUUCUUCCACGGCAAGGAGUUGUGUAAGGGCAUCAACCCCGAUGAGGCUGUGGCCUAUGGAGCGGCCAUCCAGGCAGCCGUCUUGACGGGCCACCAGACCCCCCACAUGCAGAAUAUGUUCCUUCUAGAUGUCACCCCUCUGUCUCUGGGGAUCAACACUCAAGGUGGAGUCAUGGCGACCAUAAUAAAGCGCAACUCGCCUCUCCCUACCAAGGAGACCAUGGAAUUCACCACCACAGAGGACGACCAAGACACCAUCUUAUUCAUGGUCUACGAAGGGGAGAGAGCAUUGACGAAGCACAACCACCUGCUGGGCACGUUCACCUUGAAAGGCAUUCCUCCUGCACCUUGCGGGGUUCCAGUCAUUACAGUUACCUUUUCCAUUGAUGAAAACAAUAUCCUGACUGUGUCCGCGAAGGACAUGGAAACCGGGAACACCAGCCACUUCACCAUUUCAGACACCAGGGGCCGGCUCGGCAAAGAGGAGAUCGAAAGCAUCGUGCAGAAGGCGGAAGAGUUCCGAGUGCACGACAUGUCCCAGCAGGAGAAGAUUGAAGCAAUUAAUUCCUUGGAGUCCUGCACCCUUGAGCUAAAGAGAGCAGCUGAAGACGAAGUUCUGGAUGUCGCGGCCAAAAAGAGAAUGCUGGAAAUGUGCGAGAGUACCACCUCCUGGCUGGAGGGGAACUGCUCGGUGGAAAAGGAAGACUGCGAGCAGCGUCAGAGAGACCUCGAGGAGACGUGGGACGCCAUCUGCAGUACGCAUGUUCAGGACGAGAGGGAAGACGGGACACCUGGAGAAGAUCAGGCCGAUGUAGGCAAGGAAGACACCACAGAGGACAUGGACUGA